UAUCCUCUUCUAUCGUUAUCAUAUCAUUUCUUCCGCGCAAUUUUGUGUGCAUUUUGGCAUUUUUCGUGUUUCUCUUGAUUAACGGAACAGUGUUACCUCAACAUGUUUCUAUUUUUAUCGUGCUCUGUUGAUUCCCUUGCCAAUUUACCGUAGGUAAAAUCUGCGGAAUGACUUAAUCGAGCGUCGUUAUCAGUCAGUGUUCACUUUUUCCAGGUAUUUUGUCUGCACUGAGAUUCAUCGCUGUCGAACGUACGCACUACGCGUAGAAAGAACAUACCCGGAGACAACGCAUCCGUGUCUUUUUUCUAUUAAAUUUCAUCAACUCUACUUUGCUGUGAAUGGACGAUCGUGCCGAAAUCAGCAGUGAUACCUAGAGUCCGUGGAUAUUUUCUCCUCAAUCUUGUUUCCAAGUUCUGUGUCUCCUUUUCCUCAACCCUAACCUUGGUUACAUUCGGGCACAAUGAGUUUGCAAUGGACUGUCGUAGCCGUUGUUUUGUACGUUGAACUGACUCUUGUUACUCUCUUAAUAUUGCCAAUUCUCUCUGCCAGAAGAUGGCAGAAAAUUUUCAAAUCCCGGUCUCUACAGUUUCUCUAUGGCUGGGCGACAUAUCUCUUUGGUUUCAUCCUGUGUGUACUAGUCAUAUUUCUAUUGGAUGCCAUCCGGGAAAUGAGGAAGUACUCCAACCUUGAACACACCGAAGGUGCUCAUGUCCACAUGGAUGCAGAGAUGCAGUUUAAUAUGAAACUUUUCAGAGCUCAAAGGAAUUUCUACAUCUCAGGAUUCUCUUUAUUUCUUAGUUUUGUAAUUCGUAGGCUUAUAAUUUUAAUAUCUCAACAAGCAGCACUCCAGGCAGAGACCGAAGCAGCUCUUGCUCAAGCCAAGAGUGCCACUUCCACUGCUAAUGCUCUUAUGAACAAGAAAGACGAUCCUAAAGAGUCUGAAAGUAAAACAGCUGAAUUGGAGAAGAAGGUGCAGAGCCUCGAAAAAGAACUUGAAAAGACCUUGAAGGACAAAAAUGCCAUCAAGAGUCAGGCUGAGUCUGUUAGCAAAGAGUAUGAUCGUCUAAUGGAAGAGCAUGCGAAAGUGUUGAAAAAAGUAGGAACGGCAGCUGGAGACAAAAAGUCUGACUAAGAUACGCAUCUGUAAGAGUGUUUUCAGGGAUGUCGGUUUUUUGGCAAAGCAUUUAAAUACCUAUUUUUUUCUUCAGAAAGAGUCUGUUUUUCUUGAAGUCGUGGAUCUAAAUCCACAUUUGUACCUGAGGAAAUGUAUUGUUUCAAUUGAGCAGAACUAUUUUAUUUUUUCUCUCCUCAAAGCCUAACAUUAAGUAGGGUGAAAUAGCACUGUUGUUUCACAGUUGCAAUAGCUGGUCCUUUCAGGUGUAGGUAGGGAGAGGAUUUAAGGGUUGAGUGAUGAAAAAUGUUGAUAGUUCAUUGAAUUUCAAUACUCACUUCUCUCAUGAAACAGAAAUUUUUUCUUUUUCUGGUCCAGGAGAGUCAACUUGUUAGUAUAUUUCCUCUAGAUAUUGUGAAAAGAUUGGCUUCUUUCCAGAGAAAAAUGAUUUUUCUGAAGAUACCUAAUUAAAAAAUCGGCAUCCCUACUUCUUUGUUUGGAAUGUUAAAAUGAUUGACAUAAUCCUGAAUCUACGUCCCUCCUCUUACCUUUAAUUUAAAUCUUAUAUCCUUGUAAAUUCAUUUACCGUAGAGAUUUAGUUCACUAAUUUUCGGCUGUAACAUUGUGUUGGAUUUAUUUUUAAGUCAUAUUUUUUACUUUUUUUAUUAGGUAUGUAGUAUCUCAUGAGUAGAAAUAUCAUGGAAAAGGGGUUUUUUUUUUACUUUGAAUAAGGCCUUAACACCUCCUAGAAUUUUUGUCCUAGCUUUUUAUGAAGGAACUCUGAAGAUCGAGUCCAAAAACAGGUAUCUUGACCGGGGUGAUAUCUAAUUAUAUAUUCUUGAUCAAUUAAUUAAUUUACUUACUUAUUUAAAGCAAAAUCAAGGAUCCCUGUUGUUUAAAAUUGUAAGAACUUCUAGUUUUCUUCUAUUCUUCAAAUGUGGUUGUCUCAGUCUCAUGAAAAAUCUUAAAAAUUGUCACAAUGUCAGGAAAUCUCUGAAAAAACUUAUUGCUUUUUUUUUUCAGCACAUAAAAAUGGAGCUAAUGAUUUAUACUAAGUGCCUGUUUUUACCCAUGUAAAAUUUUACACCUCUAUUUUGUGUCAAUAAAUUUUUUUUUUUUUUUGAAAAAAUAGUAAGGAAAGAUUCAGAUCAUCGUCAGCACUUAUUUUAUAUUUGGAGUCAGAAAAUGUAGGCAAUCAAUGAAAUUCUUUACUGAAAGAUAGUAAUGAACGUGAUUAGUAAUUUACACCACACAUUUGACUUGCCUCCUUUCAUUAUGAAUUUAAUAUUUGGAAGCCUUAGGUAUUCAGUCUACUCAGUUUGGUGUUGAAAAAUUGCCCAGCUUUUAUGUUUAUUUUUCACCAAGCUAUAUGUUUGGUAAUUUGUUUGGUUUGUGUUUUAACAAUAUUUGUUUUAAGAAAUAAAAUGUUCAUAGUAACUUAUGUA